AUGAAGAUAUUUCAUUUAUUAGUCAAUAUUUGUCGAUAUUUAUGUGAAAAAUGGUUUUCAAUUGGAAACGAAAACGUAAAAGAAGAAUAUGUAAAAUAUCCACAUCCGGAAUUGAAACGUAAAUUAUCUCGAACUCGUAGUAUUACCGUUUAUGGUUAUAAACCAUUAUUAUUAUCAACAUUUCUUAGUAUUUUAUUUUUAUUUUUAUCCGUUAUUAUUGCUAUUGGUUUUAGUUAUUUACCAUUAUUUAUAGCCAGAUUGAGUAGUAAUCGAGAUUUAUUAACACUUAACACGUCAUCAUCAUCUACGAAUAAAGAUAGUACCACACAUUCAUUGAGUCUAUUAAGUACAACACAUGUUUUUUUUCCAGCAAGUUCAGGUAAAUCCUACUAUGAACAACAUUCACCAUCAGAAAUAUAUAAACAGCAAAAUGAUCUACAAAUACAACAACACGAAGAUCAAAAAUAUUUUAGUGGGGGUAAACCGAAAAAAAAUAUUUCAAAUGAUUUGCGUCUUGAAGCUGAAACAUCAUUACAUUUAGCAUUACGUUUCGUUGCUGAAGGUAAAUUAGAUAAAGCGCGAAGAUUGUUCGAACAUUCAUUAACAUUAGAUCCACUGAAUAGUGAAAUAUUGGUAGAAUAUGGACAAUUCUUAGAAAAACAUCAUAACGAUUUAUUACAGGCUGAACAUUAUUAUUCUCGUGCAUUGACAACACAUCCUACACAUCGUCGUGCAUUAGAAAAUAAACGACGUUGUCUACCAUUAGUAGAAGAAAUUGAUCAAAAAGCGUUUCAAUUCAUUGAUCAAUUAUUAACAGAAUUUUAUCGUAUACCAGAUACAAAUCCUUAUUUGCGACGAGCAAAACGAGAUGCCUAUUAUUUACAUAUUUAUCAUUCAAAUGCUAUUGAGGGUAAUACAUUGAAUUUACGAGAAACACGUCAUAUUGUCGAAACUCGUAUGGCUAUUGGUGGAAAAAGUUUACAAGAACAACAAGAAGUUUUGGGAUUAGAUUUAGCUUUGCAAUAUGUCAAUUGUACGUUGGUGAAUCGUUUGGGAUCGAUUACGAAACAAGAUAUUUUAGAAAUACAUCGACGAGUUUUAGGCUUUGUUGAUCCAUUAGAGGCCGGUCAAUUGCGUCAACAUCAAGUUUUUGUUGGAUCAUUUACACCACCCAAACAUACUGAUGUCGAACUUUAUUUAGAGGAAUUUUUAAAAUGGUUAAAUUCUGAUGUAGAUACUCGAGAUUUACAUGCCAUUGAAUUGGCUGCACUAGCCCACUAUCGAUUUGUUUAUAUUCAUCCAUUCAUUGAUGGAAAUGGUCGAACUGGUCGUCUAUUGAUGAAUUUAAUUCUUAUGAGAUCUGGUUUUCCACCCGUGAUUAUUAAAAAAUCUGAACGUUUAGCCUACUAUGCUUACUUGGAUCUGGCUAAUGAUGGCGAUAUUCGACCGUUUAUCCGUUUUAUAGCAAAAUGUACAGAGAGGACAUUAAGUGAAUUUAUUCGAUAUUCUCAACCAACAAAAGGACAAGAAGUUUCAACACAAGAAUUAUUAUUAAGUGAGAAUAGUUUUGAUGAUGGUUUGGGAACAGAUGGAAGUGAAGAAAGAGUUAUUGUGGUUUAG